AUGGCGGCGGCGGAGGAUGACGUGUGGGGCGAGGGGGAUGAGUCAGAGGAGCUGGAGCGCGAGUCGAGGCGCAGGAACGAGCGGCUUUACACGGCUGGCUUCAGGGAUGGUGUGGCUGAGGGCAAGGAGAGAAGUGUGCAGGAGGGCUUUGACCAAGGGUUCCAAGAAGGUGCAGAGUUGGGCAUGGAAUGGGGCGUCCUGCGCGGUGCUGUGACAAGUGUUACUUCACUGCAUGAAAACUUGAAUGUGCCUCUUGACGAGGAGGGGCGCCACAAGUUGUCUGAGAUCGUUACCAAGAUGGAUAUGACUAAUAAGGAAGCGAUGAAAGUCGCAUUGAGUGGCGCAGCGGCAGCCAGGGCACAAGCGACAGGAGACACCGAGUCCUUUACUGUUGCAACACCACCACUAAAUGGCAGCAGGAGCAUGCAGGACUUGGCCAGCUGCAUUCAGGAACAAUUGAAGGAUCUUGGGUUUGAUGUUCUUGGUCACGCUGGCGGCACUUUGCCCCCAUAG